CAUAGGACGCUUAGGACCCAGGGGGCGCCUUUCAGCCGAAAAACACCUCGCUGCAGCAAGCUAGCUGGGAAGCUCCCAGCUCUAAAGAGAGGCUGUUUACCAGAAGAGCAUAACAAGGGCAGGUCUGACUGCAAGGCUGGGACUGGGAGGCAGAGCCGACGCUAAGGGGACCCCGGUUGGACACUGGUUGGUCAAUCACCUGCAAGAUGAAGGAGGUGAGGAUGCUCUUAGCCUGGGUGCAAACAUUCCUCAUCAGCAACAUGCUCCUAGCAGAAGCCUAUGGAUCUGGAGACUGCUUCUGGGACAACGGCCACCUGUACCGGGCGGACCAGCCCUCCCCAGCCCCGGGCCUGCGCUGCCUCAACUGGCUGGAGGCGCAGAGCGGCCUGGCGUCUGCCCCCGAGUCGGACGCCGGCAACCAUAGCUACUGCCGGAACCCGGACCAGGACCCACGCGGGCCCUGGUGCUACGUCAGCGGCGACGCCGGCGCUCCCGAGAAGUGGCCUUGCGAGGACGUGCGCUGCCCAGAGACCACUUCCCUGUCCCCUCCAACCUCCACAACAGAAACUGAGGAGGCGUCUGAAGUGCCAAGUGGAGAUGAGGUGCAGGUGUUCGCUCCUGCCAAUGCCCUGCCCGCCCGGAGUGAGGCAGCAGCAGUGCAGCCAGUGAUUGGGAUCAGCCAGCGGGUGCGAGUGAACUCCAAGGAGAAAAAAGACCUGGGAACCCUUGGCUAUGUGCUGGGCAUUACCAUGAUGGUCAUCAUCAUCGCCAUCGGAGCUGGCAUCGUCUUGGGCUAUACCUACAAGAGGGGGAAGGACCUGAAAGAGCAGCAUGACCAGCAAGUGUGUGAGAGGGAGAUGCAGCGAAUUACCCUGCCCUUGUCUGCUUUCACCAACCCUACCUGUGAGAUCGUGGAUGAGAAGACUAUUGUGGUCCACACCAACCAGACUCCAGUGGACCUUCAGGAGGGCAGCACCCCCCUCAUGGGUCAGGCGGGCACUCCUGGGGCAUGAGCCACCAAUAAUGGGCAGGAGCCCAUGCAGAUACUGGUGCAGGACAGCCUACCCUCCUACAGUUGGGAGGAUCUACACUUUUUGUUGUGGUUAAAACCCUCCCUCAACUUUUUUUUUUUUUUUUUUGUGAAUUCUAAAA